AGAGAUAUACCAAUUACCAACUCAAACACAAGGUUUCAAACUUUUUUACAUUUUCGUGUUGCAGAAAUUAUCUUCUGUCUGUCUGUCUCUACAAUUCUAUUCUAUCUCUCUGCAAAGGAGAGUUUUUGGAUGCUUGAAAGCUUCCCACUUGUUUGUGAUCAGAGAUGCUUCAGAACUCUGCUGAAUUCCGCAAUCUUGGGAUGUCUAAAUCCAAAGUCUGGACCUUGGGAGCUGUCUUUGUCGGCUGCUUCUUUCUGUCUUCACUGCUUGUUGGAGCACAAAAUCCCAUCACUCAGCCUGAGGAAGUGAGUGCAUUGCGAACUAUCAAGAGAAGUUUGAUUGAUCCCAAUAAAAAUUUGAGUAAUUGGAAGCGGGGAGAUCCAUGCACAUCAAAUUGGACUGGAGUUAUAUGCUCCAAUACAACCCUGGACGAUGGCUAUCUACAUGUCCAAGAAUUGCAACUCCUGAAUUUGAAUCUGUCAGGAAAUUUGUCACCAGCACUUGGCCGCUUGUCUCAUCUGGAAAUAUUGGAUUUUAUGUGGAACAAGAUAACUGGGAGUAUACCAAAGGAGAUUGGUAAUAUCACAACCUUGAAACUCUUGCUUUUGAAUGGGAACCAAUUGACAGGUUCCUUGCCUGAUGAGCUGGGCUAUCUACCAAAUCUAAACAGGAUUCAAAUUGACCAGAACAACAUAUCUGGACCAGUACCUACAUCAUUUGCAAACUUAAACAAAACACAGCAUUUUCACAUGAAUAACAAUUCAAUUAGUGGACAAAUCCCUCCAGAGCUUGGCAGAUUACCAUACCUUGUUCACUUGCUUCUUGACAAUAACAACUUAUCAGGGUAUCUUCCAAAAGAGCUUGCCCAAAUGCCAAAUAUAACCAUCCUUCAACUUGAUAACAACCACUUUGAUGAUGGGACCACUAUUCCAGAAUCGUAUGGAAGCAUUCCCACAUUAUUUAAGUUGAGUCUCAGGAAUUGCAACUUGCAAGGAUCAAUCCCCGACGUAAGCAAGAUACGCAACCUUUAUUAUCUGGACCUGAGUUCAAACCAUCUAAGUGGACCCAUUCCUACUAGCACGAUUGCAAAGAAUAUCACAACCAUCAAUCUAUCCAACAAUGACCUUAGUGGAACUAUUCCUGCCAGCUUUUCGGGUCUACCUUUUCUCCAGGAUCUGACACUUGCAAAUAAUUCAUUGAAUGGCUCGAUUCCAUCCUCCAUUUGGCAGAACAGGACUCAAAAUGCAUCAAAGCAUCUUACAGUGGAUUUGGAGAACAAUUCUCUUGACAGUAUUUCUGGCAGUUCUGACCUCCCCCAAAAUGUCACUCUCUGGCUUAAAGGGAAUCGUAUAUGCUCGAAUGCAUCAAGUAACAAUAUAGUUCUGUUCUGCGGAACUAAAAGUGAGAAUGAAACUACAAUAAGCACUGCAACAAACUCCACCACUAGCUGUCCACCGCAAGCAUGCCCACCGCCAUAUGAGUAUUCCCCUACAUCUCCUAUCGAUUGCUUUUGUGCUGUGCCUUUGCCUGUAGGAUAUCGGUUGAAAAGUCCUGGCUUUUCCGAUUUUCCUCCAUAUCUAGAACCAUUUGAGGUGUACCUGACUAAUGGCCUCAGUUUAAAUCUUUUCCAACUGUACAUAAAUUCAUUUGAAUGGGAAGAAGGACCAAGGCUGAGAAUGUACUUGAAGCUUUAUCCUGUUUAUAAUGUCAGUAGCAACAGUUCUAAUUUAUUCAAUGCAAGUGAAGUCAGACGAAUUAGGAGCAUGUUCACUGGAUGGAGGAUCGCUGAUAGUGACAUAUUUGGACCUUAUGAACUUAUAAGCUUCACUUUGCCAGAUAUCUAUAAGAAUGAGGGGUCGUUACAGGGUGAAAAGGAGUUCCUAACUGAAAUACAGUUGUUGUCAAGGUUACAUCAUCGGAACCUUGUUUCUUUGCUUGGUUAUUGCGACGAAGAAGGUGAACAGAUGUUGGUGUAUGAGUAUAUGGCCAAUGGCACCCUGCGGGAUCAUCUUUCGGGAAAGACUAAAGAACCUCUGGGUUUUGCAAUGAGGUUGAGAAUUGCCAUUGGUUCAUCCAGGGGAAUCCUCUACCUACACACAGAAGCUGAUCCUCCGAUAUUUCAUCGGGAUAUCAAGGCCAGCAACAUAUUAUUGGAUUCCAAAUUCAUUGCCAAGGUUGCUGAUUUUGGACUUUCAAGACUUGCUCCCGUUCCAGAUAUUGAAGGGGCAGCACCUGCUCAUGUAUCCACUGUUGUAAAGGGGACUCCUGGUUACCUUGAUCCAGAGUACUUCCUGACACAUAAGUUGACAGACAAGAGUGAUGUAUAUAGCCUUGGUGUCGUGUUUCUAGAGCUUUUGACAGGGAUGCAGCCAAUCACCCAUGGCAAAAACCUUGUUCGAGAGGUUAAUAUUGCACAUCAAUCUGGGAUGAUAUUCUCGGUUAUUGAUGGAAGAAUGGGUUCUUAUCCCUCUGAAUGCGUGGAGAAGUUCGUAAAUUUGGCCAUUAAAUGUUGCCAAGACGAAACAGAUUCAAGACCUUCAAUGGCAGAGGUGUUCCGAACACUAGAAACUAUAAGGCUGAUGAUGCCGGAGUCUGAGACCUUCCUGGCAGAAUCCAUUGAAACUAAUCCAGAAAAGAUGUCUAGUACUCCACCUUCGUCAUCUUCUGUGGUGAAGAAUCCUUACACAUCCUCAGAUAUUUCUGGUAGUGGCCUUGUUAGUGGAGUGAUUCCCACCAUCACGCCUAGAUGAGAUGAGAUGAGAUGAGAUGAGACGAGAGACCUGCUCCUGCUGUUGCUUCUUCUGUUCUGAAUCACUUAUUGGUUUUCUAAUUUCUGUAAUACAUUUUAUACAUGUAGUUUUCUUCACAGUGACGUCUAUUUCAUUUCUGUUUUAGAGAUGAUAAUUUGUUUUUUAGUACAUAUUUCUGCUUUAGAGAUUUGAACGGAAUUUUAAGUACGCUAAUUAAGAUUUUAGAACUCAUUAUAAGUAGUAUGGAGUAUGGACUCCAGGAGCCCUUGUUCUUUGUUAAUCAACAACGAAUAUGGAA